AUGAGCUCGCAGUCAGUUGUCUAUGAAAAAGAUGUUAAAAGCGAAGAGUGGCUGUCUCGGAGCAUAAAAACCAAGAUUCAUGUGAUUUUCCAGCUCGCCCGACCUGCACCAAAAUACUCACUUCGUCUUGCUCCGAAGCUGCUUCUUCAAAUCCAACUACUCGCUCAAAAUCACCGACCAGUACCAGUGCUAGAACUAUGGCAGCCAAUAUUUCGCAAGCCAAAAUUGACUGGCGACUUUUAUCAAAAAGUCAAGCUGAGGACAGGUGAUAUUUAUGCGACUCUCGAUGACUCGUACAUUACCAAUUUGACCGGGACACCGAAGGAUCUUUCCAGCGCGGAGCAGUAUGGUGACAGUGCUACUCUACAGAAAGAUAUUGUGGCAGUAAUGUGUCAGAAGGACAAGACGACGUCAACUAUUCAUUUCCGCGAUGCACGAUGCAGCUGGGAGGCCAGCGCAGGCACAGGACCCGCUCAAUCGACGCCCACUUACCGAUUUACUAUCAGCGACGAAAACAGAGAUAGUUUAAACCCAGGCAGAAUGGUUCUGCAAUGGGAAAAGCGGAGCAAAGAAGACGCAACAGCUGGUUCUUUAGGCGCAGAACAAUUUGUCCUGCUAUUGAUUGAUCUAAAGGCACGACGGAGGAGCCGCAUAGCUACCAUGACACCGGAUAUGUUGGAAAUUGUUGUCCGCAAGUCUUCCAUCCUCGAGUACUUGCAGGUAUGCUUUGAUUUAACGCAGCCUGUAUUUUCCAGGAGUGUGCAGGGUCCUUGUGAUGCCUUGAGCAUAUGGUUGUAUACGCAAACACUUACUUUGGGGGCAUGGGUCGCCUACCAGGAAGGAUGGUUCAACUAA